AUGGCAACCAUCCCACUGCAAGCAGAAGGGCCCGUUCGUGGAGGCUACUUGCACGAGCCGACUCUUACCGAUUCACUUCUUCAUCGCGUGUGCAGUCACCGAGACCUCGGCUGCCAGAUUCUUUGGAAGAUCUGCCAGCCUUUGCCCAAAGUCCCCCUCGUCAGGCGCACAUGGCUGGACAAAGCUGGGGUACGUCCAUCCAGUCUCGUGCUCACAGAGGACCAGCGAUUCGAUCCUGAAGCCAGCGUUGGCUUGACUGUUAGUAUCCAGGGAAUCUCCAAAGUCGACCUGGUGAACUUCUACUGGGGCGGCCAUGUCAGUGUGUCCAUGAAGGUGCCUCCAGCAGUGUACCUUCGUGAUUUCGGCCCUCAGCUGGAUGAGGCGACGAAGACGGCGCUGCAAGAUACAAUUGAUGCGCGCACUAUGUCCGGGGAAUUGAAGUCGAGACUUGAAGCUGCCUUGGCCAAGGAGUUUGAGGCAUGGUUCAAGGGCGAUGUGCGCAAAGCCGACGAUGCGUUUUCGCCGUUGCAAGAGCAGCCAGAGGCGGAGAAUCUUAUGCGCUACAUGCGCAUUGGUGUGGUCAACUGGCACAGAGAGCUUGGCGAGGAGCCAUAUCCAAAGAUCUCCGGCGACGCGAAGCUUCGUUUGGAGCCGACGACGAAGAUGAUCCAGUGCAAUUGGGAUGUGGAGUCUCUCUGGUACAACACACCCUCCUUGCACACCUUCCCCUUUGACUCGCAUGAGAUGUCUGCAAUCUUUUGGACGAGGGUCUGGCGACAUGUCCGCAUUGAGGAGUUUGGGCGUUCCUACGCGCUGGGUACCAGCUUCCAGGAAUUUGAUGUCUUGGGCUUCCGUGGUGAUCCCACACCAUGUCCGGGAUGGGACCCCUACAUUUGCGAAAGCAACGUGGUCCCCAACCGAGCUCGGACUGGAGAGUUGAUGUUCUACGGCCGGUUUUGGGUCCGCCGGAAGCCAUUCUACUUCAUCGUAGCUUUGCUGUUCCCCACUGCGGUGGUCACCUUCAUGGGCGCCAGUGCAAUCCUCAUCGCGUCGGGUGAAGUACCUAAUGGCAUCGUCUUGGGAGGCGAGUCUCCGUUGUCCCUCGUCGCUGGACUGAUGCUGACCAUGGUCGCCAUGAAGUUCUCCUACGCUGAGCCAUUGCCUAUGUUCUGCUUUGCAUUCCAUCACCUUAGCCGUCAGGUGAACAUCUUCGGAUCUUGA